UAGGUGUUUCUUAUUGUAUACGUUUACUUCGGUAUAUCAACUAUAUAUAACUUGAAGACCUGUACAAGCUAGUAGGGCAUCUUGUGGUUGUGGGUGCAAAUGGGAGUUGCCACAGAUUGUAUUUUACUACUCCUUGGAGUCACCUCCAAACGCCGAAGGCACAGAGAUUUUCUGACUGUCGAGGUGAAAGUUCGAAUGGACUGUGAAGGCUGUGAAAGGAAGGUGAAGAACUCCGUCUCAUCAAUGAAAGGUAUUAAAUCGGUAGAAGUGAACAGAAGUCAGAACAAAUUGACAGUGACAGGGUAUGUUGAUGCCAAAAAGGUAGUGAAAAGAGUUUCAGAUGGAACAGGGAAAAGGGCAGAGCUGUGGCCUUAUGUACCUUAUAAUCAAGUGUACUAUCCUUAUGCUCCACAGGCCUAUGAUAAGAAGGCUCCCCCAGGUUAUGUUCGAAGCGUGGAAUAUGCACUUCUCACUCCAAACCGCUCUUCUGAAAAAUACACAACACUUUUCAGUGAUGACAACCCUAAUGCCUGCACGAUUAUGUAACUGAAACCCUCUAUUGUCUUCUUUUUUCUCUUCUCUACUACUCUUCUAAACUAUCUUAGAUUGAGAAUUUACUAUGCUCAUUUAGAGCUGCGUUAGCCAACCAAUUUCUUUCUUUCUGCUAAAGAAAUCAGCCAGUAAUAUUGGCAAUGAGAAGCAGCAAUUGAGUUGUUGUACUGAUUACAACUGUAAAACAAUGGUGAACAAAGUGGAAUGAUCGGUAGAUGGUCCACACACUUGCAACAGCACCUCUCGACCUAAUUUUGUUCUUUCGAGUGUUGUGUAGCCUCCGUACAAUUGUAGUGGGAAAUUCUUUGAAAUUUUAGUCUAACAUGAGGCUUGAUAUUAGAUUCAAUGAUAGAUGUAACUUUAUUAUUAUUGAUUUUGAUGUAAAUUUUAUUUUUUAUAUUUAGAAAUAGUUUUAUUAACA